AUGGCCAAAGGAGAUUCUGUUGAGAUGACGGAUUCGGCCUUGGACCUCUCCCGUUGGACCGAUGACCAGGAGUCCGCACUCCUAGAAGCAAUCAUUCGCUGGAAGCCUGUUGGAAUGCACAAGCACUUCCGCAUGAUUGCUAUCAGGGAUUUCAUGAUCAACCAGGGCGUCACCAACACUGAAGACCCCCAUACAACAACAGCUGGUAUCUGGGCAAAGCUCGAAUCAUUGUACUACUUGGCCAAGUUAGACGAGAGAGAGGACUCCAUCAUUGAUGGUAUUGACGAUGACGACACCAAGGGAGCGGCUUAUUUCAGAGAUUUCGAACUACCCCGGGAAGAUUUCGAAGAGUUAAUGUGGCAAAGAAGACUGGCGCCAGAGGGAACUCAAAGUCCAGACGUCUCGAGAAGGGAGAGCACAGUCGCCGAUACAGAUGAGCCACGCUCUUCACCCGUCUCUGGUAGAGGUUCAGUGCGUGGUACAAGAGGGUCCGGUCGGCGUGGUGGCAGGCUUUCACGUUUGCAGAAUGAACUUGAAAGCGAAAAAACCAGCAGUCGGCGGUCAAGCAAAGCCACCAGCGUUGCUGAUGAGGACCAAGUUAUGGAGGAUGCAGAUGAGGAUGAUGAGGAAGGGCAAGACAGUGGGGACGAGGGAGAGGAGAGCAGCGAACCUGAGGAGGAAGAGAGCAGGGCAAAGAAAGCGGCACGUGGAGGCAGGAGAGGCCGAGCAAGACGAGGGAGGAAAAGAUGA